AGCACGGAUGGAAAGCAUGCCUGUGGAGCUGGCUGGGUUCGAAACUCGGGAGCCUUCACUCCGAAGUCCAGCGCUGAUCCCACUAUGCCACCAGCUGGCCAACUUCUCCUUAUAUGCGUCCAAAACUCUGUUAUGCGAGGAGCACUGCUUUCCUGCCAGUACAAAUCACGUGCACACGCCUCACAGUCUCACUCCCGCCAGUCUCGUAUUGGUUUUGGCAACGUAUGGAUGUGUGAUCUUGUGCUCUUAAACUUUUGUUGUUUUUACCUAUGGUGCAGUGAUUUUGUGCUUGAAAUAUUUAACUAAGCGUCCGAUGUCAAGUCUUGGGCCAUCAGCCAAGCGGCAGAGAACCACUUUAUCACUUGGAAAAAAAGUUGGAAAUUAUAAACAGGGCGGCGUCAGGUGAAGGUAACACAGCUCUGGGACGCUACACUGUGCAGUUGCAGGCUUAUGAUAGCUGAGUUAGGCAUCACACCAAAGCAGGUGUUUAAUGCAGAAGAGACCGGGCAUUUUUGGAAGCGUAAGCCGAAACACAUUUACAUAAGUAAGGAUGAAAAAACUGCGUCAGGUUUCAAGACAGCAAAGGAUAGAUUGACUUUGCUUAUGUGUUCCAAUGUGGAAAAAGACUGUAAGGUGAAGCCUCUCUUAGUUUACCAUUCACUAAACCCCUGUGCUCUUAAGGGUUUCAGUAGGAAGCCUCUCAAUGGAGCGUGGAAAUCAAUUUGGGCGGAGUGUGUGCACACCCUCAAGGGGUUUCCUGCCUUCGCUGCAGCUGUCCAGGAUUGUGUGGCCCUGGGCCGUAAAAUUGGUGGGGAAGGAUUCCCAGAUCACGAGACUGCUGAAGUGGUAGAACUCCUGGAUUCUCAUGAUGAAGAAUUAAGUGUGGAUUACCUUCUGCGUUUAACUCAGUCUGAUGGUGAUGACGAUGAAGGAAGAAAGUGUCGAGUUGCAGGUGAAAGAUUUUACGGUGAAGCAACUGGCAGAAUUUUUUAAGGCUGCGGAACACUUGGCACAAAUGGCGAUGGACAUGGACCCAAGUUUAGAACGGAGUCAACAUUUCAGUUGUUCCCUGCAGUCAAGCCUUCUUCUCUCAAGCAAAUUUAUGCUGAAAAACAAAAUGCUGCCAAGCAAACAAGCCUCACCACUUUCUUCAAACCGGUGUCAUCUGCUGCUGCUGGCAGUUCUGAGAGUUCUGUGAGUGUUCCUUCACCCCUUGCUGUCCUUGAUGAUCCUGACGACCCACAACCAUCCAUCUCAUCCAUGUAAAGCUGCCCGACACCACUGCACAACCACUUAUCUCCUGGAGCCAACACACCUGCCACUGUUGGUGUUGUUUCUGUGUGUUUCGAAGGAGGUCGUGAUGGUUACAUUAACUUAGUCGCAUACCCAUACAUGGAAAGUGAAAAUUUGGAGCAGGAAGAAGUUCAAGAGAGAGAACAACCUCGCAGGAAACAUUCACGGAGAAGCCUUUAUCGGUCAGCUAGUAGCAAUGAACAUCUGAUCCAGAUAGACAAUUCUGACAGCGCAGAGAGCUCUCAGGAGAUGAAGAGUCCAAAGAUGGAGUUACAGAUUUCGUCUGACAUUCCCUUCCAGAUGCUGGAUAGCAAUAGUACACUGAUUUCAGAGAAGAUCAGCUUCAACCCUUGGAGCUUACGCUGCCACAAACAACAGCUGAGUCGCAUGCGAUCUGAAUCCAAGGAACGGAAAUUGUAUAAGUUUCUGCUGUUGGAGAAUGUGGUUCAUCACUUUGGGUAUCCUUGUAUUCUUGAUCUAAAGAUGGGGACCAGGCAGCAUGGAGAUGAUGCAUCCGAGGAAAAAGCAGCACGUCAGAUAAAGAAGUGUGAACUGAGCACAUCAGGAGCACUGGGUGUGCGAGUCUGUGGGAUGCAGGUAUAUCAGUUAGACUCAGGGCAUUAUGUGUGCAGGAACAAGUACUAUGGUCGUAGCCUUUCCAUUGAAGGGUUUGGGAAUGCUCUGUAUGAGUUCCUGCACAAUGGCAGGUACCUGCGAAAAGACUUGUUUGAUCCAAUUCUGCAGAAACUUCGAAGUCUGAAGGGGGUUCUAGAGAAGCAGGCUUCUUAUCGCUUCUACUCCAGCUCCUUACUGAUCAUCUAUGAUGGAAAGGAAGAGAAGCUGGAAACGCAGCAGAACUCUGCAGAGGUACUGAGCCAGGACAACAUCCAGGAAGACAGCAGCUCCUUGCCAUCUUCAUCUUUCUCCUUGACCAGUACUGGUAACCUGCCCAAAAUCGAUGUGAGGAUGAUAGACUUUGCCCACAGUACAUACAAGGGGUUCCGGGAUGACCAAACUGUGCAUGACGGCCCAGACCGAGGCUACAUCUUUGGACUAGAGAAUCUCAUUAAUAUUCUAGAAAGGAUUCAGCUUCAGAAUCAGUAGCAUAUUCGAUAUCUUUCCUAUUUCUUUAUCUUUUACUCUGGGGAGGGGUGUGUCCUUCCCUCUUAAGCACACUUUGCUCAUCAUAGCGAUGAAAUAACAUCGCAGAAAAAAAAACAACUCCUGUCAAUUUCUGGCAGGUUAUUAGACAAAAAAAGGAGUUUGUUGUUUGAGCUGUUUGUUAUACCCCAGUGUAUAAAUAAAAUUGUUAUAUAGUGGUGUGAAGCAGCACUGCCUGUAUUGACACUAGUGCAAGGGAGCAAUGCCAUCGUCGAGUCCUGCAGUAGGGUUGCCUUGUGUGAGGGUGGCCACUCAGUACCAAAGUAGCAAGCAGGCCAGGUAAUUCCUGUACAGUUCCCAAAGACUGAGGCUGCAUGAAUAGCUGUAUAUUUGUAAAUGCUGGGACAAAUUUCCUCAUUUACGACCACCUGAAUGUGAGAAAAGAACUCCAUAAUCUAGCACUCAGGUUCUUUAGCUGACAGGUGUGCGGGUUUGUUUCGUCUUUUACUUUUCCCUUGAAUAUAUUAUUCCCUUCUGUACCUUGCCAGGGGUUAAUGUUUAAUUUGCCUGUAAUUUAAUGCAUAGAGCCUGUGGCUCACCUGCUUUUUCGAAGACGUUGCAUGUUCUUCAGGAGACAGAUCAGAGUAGCGUUCCAAGAGUUGGAUCACGGACCAACAUCAUUUUACUGCAAAGGACUGUUUGUGUCACAAUGUCAGAGCUUUACGGUGGUUAUAUAAAUGUUCUAAUGCAAGAGAUUUUUGCUGACUGGCACAAACUUGUCAAUACUGGUUACGUAAACAGACAAAAAUAAACUCAAUUCUGUUGCAGGUUUCCUGUGAAUGGUACUGGGUGUGGUAUAAAUGUAGAUAUACUUACCAUUGUUCAUUACCACAUGGAAUUGACUUUCACCUGUUAUUUGUGUAACUGUAUUUAUACAUCUUGAUGUUAUAGAGGAGACAUUUAGUCAUUUGACAGAAAGCACAUUGCCCUGUACCUUAAUAUAAAGCACUUAUCUUGUCAUCCUUUUGUUUAGAGUAUGUUUAUUUUAUACAUCAUUGUGUACAUAUAUUUCCAAUAUUUAAUGAGUUGCAACAAAUUUUGCUGUGUAAUUUUUAAGACUGCUGUUAUUGCUAUAUUAUCCUAGAUCUUUAUUUUUGUCCUUGUACAUGUUUCAGAGUCUAGAUCCUGCCUUGCAGAAUGCUGUCUAUCCCCUUGCUGUGGCAUAUGCAAGAAAGUUGAGAGUGGGAGAGUGACAGUGGCUUGUUCCAGAAUGAGGCAUGGAUUGGCUCAGCUCAAUGCAUAGCUCAGAUUUGCUUCAAUAUUAAAGCCCUGAUGGCUGACAGCUAACCACACUGCCCAAGUAGCUGAGGUGGGAGAGCAUAUUGUGAAACAAGUAUGAUGAAGAUGGAUAAUUGCCUGCUUAAAUUCUAGGCCGGUGAGUGUUUUGCCCUGAGUCCAGGGCAGGUUCAGACCUGUUUAAAAUGUCUGUUGUACUCAAUAUCAUUGUGUUUUGGACCUGCCUGCUUAGCUCUUUCCCAUCAUUGGGCUACUUCAUGUCACCAAAGGGAAAGCUAUGUUAAUUUCACAAUCUUAUUUCUUGGGUUGCUUGUGACCAAUGUUUUACUGCAAACUUCUGAGGCUCUGCCAUUUGCUCGGGUUUGAUAGGUUUCUACCUACAUCCAAUCUCAUUGUAGGGUUAUAUUCUGUGAUAGGGACUGAAUUAUCCCUUUGUAUGGAGCGCAAGGAUAAUAGAACAGGUAUGGAUGAGGCUGCACCAUUUGCUAGGGAGAGCUAUGGACAGUUCUAAACAGUUCAUACAUUUUUGCUGACCUGUUUUACCUGAUUUGAGCAGGUGAUUCCUCUGGUGAAUUCAGUAACUAUGAGUUGGUCUCUUAUGCUUGUGGUUAGAAUGGAGCAUGAGCCAUGGACCAUUAUGUUGUAGAUAACAACAUGAAAUAUUAGCUUGAGUGUUUUACAUCCUUGUACUUUGCCCUAUAGACAGAUUAGAUGGUUUCCCAUAUUUUGCAAGCACAUAAUCAAAAGAUUUGUCCUUUUGAUGUUCAAUAGAGAACAUACUCCCCAGAUUCUGAGAUGUCUUUGAAGGCUCCUCAGCAACUCAACAUGAAUUUCAGUUUGUAUUGAAUGUUGACUCAUAGAUCCACUGGCCAAGGGCCUGAGUAGUUUGUCUUUCCUUGUGCCUGCCCCAUAUCAGAGUUUGUACUUUCCACAGGAAUUAACACUCAGGAGCAUAACUGUCAUUAUUGUAGUGCCUAGGUCAAUUUGAUAGAGCUGACAGAAAAGGCAUGGUGACCCAAUUUCAGGGAAAAUGACACCGUCUCACCUCAGUGGAGCCCCAAAUGAAGCAAGGAAUAAAGGACACUUAAUCCACUGCCCUCAAAAUGUGUAACCCACUGCAUUCAGCAGCAACACCGUAUUCAGUACUGAGAAGAAAAAACACCCCUCUUACCUGUUUGGGAUCUUUGUAUGUGGUGAUAUGCUGGAAACUGUUUUGAAGUUAGGACUGAGCACUGAUGCAGAGGGCUCAAUUCAUUGAGGCACAGGAAACCAAGGAUCAAAAAGCUGGAAAUGGGUGAUAAAGUGGAGGGCAUGGAAAAGAGCAAAGGUCCUUGAGUAGGCUACUGGUGAUUUCUAAAACCUAGCACUGCUUUUUCAGUAUAUUUUACUUUCGGGUGUAACUGGAUAUGUCUGGGCCAGUGCAGCCACCAGAAGUUUGGUAAUAUUUGAGGCAUCUUUGGGUUGUCUUGAGAAGCAGCUGCUGGUUGCUAAUUGGCUGAUAAUUGGGACUCUUUUAUUGUGCAGCAUAGGAGAAGACAGGCACAACUUAUUGGUAAGGUCAUGAUGCUAAGUUGCUACUUUGACCUGCUUUAGGAAAAAUUACAUUGUGUUGUUAAAAUAGUGUUGCAAUCCUCGGUACAGUUAGCACACAGACAACAAUACAUUGGUUCAGAAGCCUUACACAAAUUUAUAUCUGGCAGGUGGAUUUGAACAGGCCUGGAACCAAGUCAUAGGCAGUGAAUGAAAUAUGUUGGAAUAGUUUAGCUUGUAUGUUAGUUUAAAUCAUUUCUUUAAAAGAAUUGCAAGUAAGCUGGAAGUGUUUGGCUUCUGAGCUGUGCCCACCUCUCUGAUUUAGAAGCCAUGUGUUAUAGAAGGGAAAGCACGCAAGUGUUAACGUGGCAUUGUACUCUACCAGAGCAUGACGUAUGAAAUCCCCAUCACCCCACAACCAUCUUUUAAAAAAAAUAAAUUUUUCUUAUCAGCUAUUCUCUCAAGGAGGAAAUGAAGUGUAGAAAUACAACACAAUAAGGCUUGAUUUUGGAACAGUGUUGUGGAAAGCUGCCCUUUCUCAUCCUGGAACGUUAAAUAUAGUUGUUCCAAUUGCCAAAGAAGACCUGGUUAUUUCAAGAUUUGUAAGUGCCAGAGUUGAUGUUUUGUGUGUCAGUGUGUGUGUAUGUACCUAGCUGUAAGGUCUUUUGAGGCUUGCAGAUAUAAUCAUUGUGACAGUGCAGCCCAAUCCAGGUAUUCUGUCCAGCUCAGUUAGGUUUCUCAGACUUGGGUUUGUUUUCAGUUAUUUCAAGCAAAAGUGACAAAUGUAGAGAAUCGAAGAGGUGGGAAGCACUGGUAGAAUUUUGGGGUGCCUGGUUAUUAAUCAUUUUCAAACCAGGUGGGUUUCAAAGUGCACUCAACUAUUACUUGAAAGCUGAUGUUUCCCCCCGGACUCUGCUGUCAAAUGCAUUUUCUCAAUCAGUAUGAAAUGCACCUUUUGUGACAUUGCAAAAGGUAACUUUCUCUUAAUAUUCACUGUUGUCCCUGGAGACUGACAUUUAAAUCACUGCACUGAGAAAAGGUGGGGCAAGCUGUAAUAUCUUUCCCUUUUUCUUUACCCAACUAAAACCUGAACCUGCCUAACAAGAAGGGAUGCUGUUUUAAUGUAAUGCUCGCUGUCGGUAAGUGGAGAGAAUGUGGGAAAGACAAGGUUCAAAACAUUAUUCUUGUCCCAUAAAGUUGCUGAAGUUAAACAGGCUUCUGAAAGUCAUGCUAAAACAUUUGUUGAUGUAGGGAAAUGUUAAUAUUCUGCAACCCAAGGUAAAACUCCUUGAUGCCAGCAAGGUAUGGGAUUUGUUUUAUAACAUGACUAAUUUAUUCAGUGUUUCUCUGGUUUAUUUCGUUGUGUUUCUGUUGCGCGUCUAUAUCUUUAACGCUAAUAAGCUAUCUUCAGGAAUCCUUGGGCAUGAGCAUACUGUAUUCCUGUGAUCUGUGUUUGAUAGUAUUACCUCCAAGUUGUCACUGAUGAAAUAAAUACAUUUAGGAGUCAUAUAA